AUGACUGUAAAAGACAUUAAACUUACUAUUUCUAAAAUCAAAUUCAACCUAGAUGAGAUAAGUAAUUUGCAAGAAGAGAGAAGCAACAUAUACGAUUUGGAUUUGACACCUUCGAAAAAUGAUAAUUUUGAAAUGAUUAGUUUGAUACUGAAAACACGACAGUAUUUUACCUUUAUCGAGCAAGAUAUGAAUGAGUAUCUUGAUGAUCUAGAGAAAAACGGGAUAUUGGAUGAGUUUAUGAAUUUGGUUAAUCAAUACACGAAAAUGUUUGAGGAACUAUCGAAAGACUCUAAUAUUGAUAUAUCGGAAUAUAAAUACGUGUACAAACGUCCAACUAGCAGUCAAAAUGGCACAGAGCCUAAUCCAGUUCAAAAGUCCGUUAGAUUUAGAGAUACGCCUGAUGAUAACGAUGCUAGUGAACUAAUGGGAACUAGACAGACAUUUCAACCAUACAAAGACGAUCCAGACGAGGACAGCUCAGCUGCACAUGAAGAUAUAACCGAUCAUCAAAUGUUUGCUCAACAUCAACAGACAUUGAUGAGACAAGAUCAGGAUCUAGAUGUUUUGCACCAGCUGAUAUCACGUCAGCAUAUGAUGGGCCAAGACAUUAACCAGGAGCUUGAUGAUCAGUUGAUUAUCUUGAAUGAUUUAGAACAAGGUGUGGAUCUGUCUUUGGGUCGUUUGCAUACUGCAAGUACACGGUUAAGGCACUUUAGAACUUUGAUGAGAGAAAACGGUAGUUUAGUCACUAUUUGUACGUUAACAGUUAUAUUGAUAUUAUUAUUAGUGGUACUUAACUAG